UUCGCCGGUACGGUGGUAGCUGGGAAAAUCUUUCCGGUAGAGCAGUUUCCCGGGCAAGUACGAAUUUUCGCGGUAGAUACGCGUGAGCCUUGUAACCAAAGCCAUUGGAAAGUGCAACCAAUUCGGAGAUAGAUGGUCAAUUUUACGGAUAUAUCUGUGAGAUUUGGUGAUGGAAGUGUCAUUUGCAGUGGGAUUCAGGUUGGAUCGCUAGAAUGCAAUACAAACGCUUGAACCAUUUCGGAUGAGUGCGACUUUGGAGGGGGAUGUAAUACCAGUAAUCAUCCUGAGCCACACUAUCUUUAAUUGAAAAGGAAUUUCAGUGCUCGGCGUGACUCAACCCCUCAAGCCAACUAAAAGCUGUUGCUACACCCAUUUCAGCCGUGAAGUAAUUCAAUAGUGCGAGGCCGUGAAACUAUUAUAUGAAAUCUAUUUUUUUUACAAUUUCCUGGAGUUAAUUAAGCUGUUGCCAACGUUAGGCCGGACAGCAAUCAAUCGGGCCUUUAUCUGUUUUCUAUAAAUCGGUAUGUUUGCUUAUUUUUAAGCAACUCUCUACCGACAUUAGUUGCUUCCAUUCAUAUCAGGCCUCCAAUAUCUCCGUCGCUAAAGUGUCAAUCGGGCCAGCUCAAAUCCAAUCUUAUCACUAGAGUGUUCCCAAUAUCAUUCAUUACUCCAUAAAAAUUAGUGUAUCUUGAAAACCAGCUCCAGAGAAUCGGUCGGUGUUAUUGAAAUCCGUCUGGAGUGAGGUUGCGAGGUUGCGUCCAUGUCCGAUUGUCUUCACCGUUCUUAAUCUUGUGCAGUGUAAUCUUUGUAGUGACGUGUUCUAGCCCCGUAAAAGCGAUAUCAUCGAUGAUAUUUUGAUUGCACCCAGUUAAUCUCGAGUGGUUGGUGGAUUGUGCCUAAAACAUUGCAGGCGGGGUAUACGCGGAUUAGGUGUUAUGUGAUGUGCUCUUGAAGAAUAUUCACUGAAAAUAAUUGAAUUUUUCUUGAAGAUAAAAUAUGACGUGUUUAAAUCAAUCCAGUUGGUGAUAUCUGAGUGCAUGAAAAGAGUGCUUCAAUCGUGACCGAAAACAAAUAACAAUUGAAAGCUCCGAUAAGCGAACCAGCUAGCUCGGAAGGUCAACAAAGACUUCGCAAACAAGGCUCUGGUUCAACAUUUCUUCAAAGGAUCUACUUCACAAGCUCUGUUGCCUCGAUUGAGCAAACAACUGUCUACAAGCUUGAACGCCUGACACAACCCCCGAGGGCAAGCAUCCAACCCGAUCCUCCUAAAUAGACUAGGAAACUGCGAGAUAUUGCGGCUGGUGACUGAUGGUGCUAUUGGGAAAAAUGCAGACAAAUAAUCUUGAGCUUUAGAAGGGAAAUACAAAAGAGUCCUUCUGUAAUGACGUCGAUAAUUCACUGUCGAAAUCGGCACAUGUCGUCAUGUACCAUCAUCCAACACUCAGUGAGGAAUGUUUUAUGGUUUCCCUCGAAUACCCGAAUGCUAUCCUGGCACUUACCACCUCUAAUGCUCUGCUUGAUCCUGUUGUUAUCGCUGGGUCCACAUGUCAUUCACGCCGGUUGCCGCGAGGAGCAUCGAGACUCCUGUGAAGCUAUUUGCCCUCCGAAUUCACUCCAUAAUUGCACAAUUCGAGCCGCAGUUAUCCUACCUGCCAGUCCAAUUUAUGAAAUGUCCUUGCAAAAAAUAUUGCCUGCCCUGGAGCUCGCCGAGCAGCAGAUCAAGAAGCAACAGAUACUCCCCAAGAACGUGAAAUUUGAAUGGAUGGCGUACGACGACAAAUGUGAUGCCAGCUAUGCUGCAGUCUCCGCAAUGGAUGCUUACGGGAAGGAUUGCGCCCAUGUGAUUUUCGGACCAGCUUGUGAUUAUGCUUUGGCCACGGUUGGUCGCAUCAUUAAGUACUUUCGCUCGGAGGGGACUCCCCUGAUUACGGUUGGCGGAUUCACUUUCGAUUUUCAGAAGCCAAAAACCACCUGCCUCGAUGAGUUCUACAUGCUCCUUCGCGUGGGAAUGCUGAGCUUCCGCGACAUCGGCAUGUUCUCCUUGGCCGUGAUGAAGAAAUUCAACUGGAAUCAUGCGCUCUACUUCUACGAACGCAACGGUUACUACAGCGUGGCGGGCCUACACACCUGCCAUCUGGCGAUGAACACUCUCGCGGAAUUCUACCGGGACGCAAACAUCACGUACUCGUCUUUCGUGACUGAUUCCGGGAAUGGAAAUCUCACCGAAGACAUGAUCCGGGAAAUUGGAGUCUCCCAUGGCGUAAUAAUUAUGUGCGCAAGCCCAAAAUCUAUACGACAGAUAAUGCUGGUAGCUGAAGAGCUCAAAAUGAUUGACAGCGGUGAAUACGUAUUUAUAAAUAUCGAACUGUUUUCAAAAAUAUCACAGACCGAAACCCAACCUUGGUACGACGAACAUGACACGGAGACAAACAAUAAACGAGCGAAAAAAGCCUACACAGCUCUGCUAACUAUUACCGGAAAGCAACCGGUCGAUAAGGAAUAUCUAGAAUUUUCCGAAGAGGUUAAAUCUAUGGCUGCUUCGAAGUACAACUACACAUUCGAAGAGGGAGAGCCGGUAUCAACCUUCGUUACCGCUUUCCACGAUGCUGUCUUACUUUAUGCUUACGCUCUCAACGAUAGUAUAACCAACGACCCUUCAGUUCUCACCAAGCCCUUCAACGGAACAGACAUAUUCCAACGGAUGCUAAAUCGACGUUUCCGCGGUAUUACCGGAAACGUAACGAUUGAUAGCAACGGCGACAGGAUAUCCGCAUACUCUUUACUCGAUAUGAAUCCAGUAACAGGACGUUUUGAAAUCGUUGCUGAUUACUUCUUCAAGAAGCUAGAAUAUGCAAAGGGGAAGUCAAUACAUUGGGCAGGAGACCGGACGGAAGCUCCUCCAGACAAACCAGUCUGCGGCUUUGAUGGCUCACUAUGCCCUGAUAACUCUCUUCCAGGCUAUGCCAUCCUGUCCUUAGUAUUAGGUUUUACAGUCAUCAUCAUGGCUAUCAUAUCAUUCCUCGGCUAUCGUCACUAUAAGUCCGAAGCCGAAAUAAAUUCCAUGACUUGGAAAAUAAACUGGAACGACGUCAUUCCUUGUGAUCCCAUGGGAAAGUAUCGAGGAAGCGUGCAUUCACUUGCAAAACGGGGAAGCCAAGUGACAUUAUGUUCAGAGGAUAUCGGCUCACUUCCUGGUGAUCGCCAAUUAUUCAUUCCCGUGGCUUUCUACAAGGGCUGUAAAGUUGCAAUCAAGAAAAUCGAAGAGAGCAAUAUCAAUUUAAACAGGACCCUCAUGCUGGAACUGAAACGGAUGAAGGACAUACAACAUGAUCACUUAGUUAAAUUCUACGGAGCUUGCUUAGAUCCUCCUAAAUGCUGCAUCCUCACUGAAUACUGCCCGAAGGGAUCGCUGCAAGAUAUUCUCGAAAACGAACAAAUUAACCUGGACUGGAUGUUCAAGCUGUCCUUGAUGCAUGAUAUUGUCCGAGGAAUGCACUUUUUGCACCAAUCCGAUCUGAAAUCGCACGGAAAUUUAAAAUCAUCAAAUUGCGUCGUCGAUUCGAGGUUCGUCCUGAAGAUAACUGACUUCGGACUACAUCAGCUGCGAAAGCCAAAUGUAGAGGACGAUGUGGAAAAUUGCAACAGUUUCGCUUAUUGGAAACGCUUACUUUGGACUGCUCCCGAAUUACUCCGAAUAGAUAAUCCACCAAUAGAGGGUACCCAGAAGGGCGACGUAUACUCAUUUGGAAUCAUCGUGAACGAAAUCAUAACCCGACAAGGACCCUUUUACUUGGGGUCUAAUGAGAAAUCUCCUCAAGAAAUUAUCGAAGCCGUUAAAAACUACCCAUCUAAGGGUAUGCCUCAACCAUUCCGGCCGCGAACAGAUGAAAUCGAAUUCAGUGAUAUACACAAUAUGAUGGUAAAAUGUUGGGCCGAGGAUCCGAGCGAUCGGCCUGAUUUCGGCUACUUGAAGACGACUAUUCGCAAAAUUAACAAGGACAACGAAACCGGCAACAUUGUUGACAAUCUCCUGCAACGGAUGGAAAUGUAUGCAAAUAAUCUAGAAGGACUCGUAGAAGAACGAACCCGCGACUAUUUGGAAGAGAAGAAAAAAUGCGAGAAACUUCUCUAUCAACUGCUACCCCAAUCGGUGGCAGCUCAAUUGAUCUCUGGCAUGCCUGUGAUAGCCGAGACCUAUGAUCAAGUAACCAUUUAUUUCAGCGAUAUCGUUGGUUUUACAGCGUUAUCGGCAGAAAGCACCCCAAUGCAGGUGGUGAGCUUCCUCAAUGAUCUCUACACAUGCUUCGACUCUAUCGUGGAAAACUACGACGUAUACAAAGUAGAAACUAUUGGAGACGCUUAUAUGGUUGUGUCAGGCCUACCCGUCCGCAAUGGGAAUCUUCACGCAAGGGAGAUUGCCAGGUUAGCCCUGGCUCUCCUUGAUGCAGUCAGCAAAUUUACCAUAAGGCAUCGCCCCAAUCAUCAGCUGAGACUCAGAAUAGGUCUGCAUUCAGGACCCUGUGUUGCAGGGGUUGUUGGACUGAAGAUGCCCCGAUACUGUCUCUUUGGCGAUACCGUAAACACUGCCUCCCGGAUGGAGUCAAACGGAGAACCCCUCAAAAUUCAUAUCAGUCAAAAUACUAAGGAGAUACUUGAUACUUUUAAAACAUUCAUUAUCAAGAAGCGAGGCUUCGUUAAAAUGAAGGGCAAAGGUGAAAUGCUCACCUACUGGCUUGAGGGCGAGCACGAGCCUCAAUCAAACAGUCACUCUAGCACGCAUUCUAGGAGUAAUUUUAAACUAGGCGACCCCAUGUCGCGUCCUAAUUCAGAUAGUAGUCUUAACGUUAAUUGUAGUAGCACUAGUAGCAAGAAUAUCGUUGUAGACCAGCAGAGACAAAAUGAUUUCCAUCAGGAAAAUCACAAGACUGAGGAGCAAUUACGCGCUGACAGCAGCACUGAAGGUGAUAAUAGUAGAUACAGUGUCAUUUAUCAUAAGCCCGACAUCGAUCAGGACGAUGUAGCGAUAACAGGGAAUGGUAAUCCACCAAAUAUAAUGAUACCAAACAAUAAUUCUAGUAGCCUAAGUCUAUGUAGUAGUGGUAGCAAUUGCACUCAAAACCAGCAUCAUCAUCCUAAUCAUCGUGGCAUCCACCAUCAGCAGUCACUCCCCCAGCAGAUACCGCAGCAGCCGCCCCAACAUCAGAAUCUAGUUAGGCAGAGCAGCCUCAGCAACAACAGUAGCAACAGUAGCAACGUCAUCAAUACGAAUAGUAAUAGCACGAGUUUCAAUAAUAUCGUUAAGACCAAUAACUUAAAGAACCUCAAAUCCGCUAAAUGUUGUAACAAUGUGAACAGCUCCGAUGAUAAUGUCAAGGGCGUCACCACCCCCUUACUCGCUAGAAUUAAUUCAUAGGACCUAGGCAACAAGUGAAUUUAAAUGUGAAAUUUAGUAUAUGUACAUGCAUAGAUACAUGUAUCUACUGUUCGGAGGAUCAAGACUACGUGCAAAUACAUUAUGACUAUUGUAUCAAAUUUAUAUAAGAUUUUU